AUGCGUGCUGCUAUGAUGCGCUCCAUGAGUUUCCAGAGGCAACAUGUGAGCGUGACUGGUCUGUAUGGCUCUGGUUCGUGUCGCUUUCUUGCACAGUUUGAGGGGUGGGAUUAUGACUCCGUGCCUCCAGCUCUUUGGAACGAUGCCAGUGCGCGGGCUCUUAUUAAAGAGCGUCAGGGCAGAGUGUUUCGCGCAUUUCCCAAGGUGUCGCAGUGCCUCACCAUGGAUCAUGUCGGGCCCCGGUGCUGA